UACACUUUAUUAUACACCUCAAUUUCUCAAAAUAUAUUAGUUAGAACCAAUACUCCUCCCCCCAUUGCUUCAGACUAACAAGGAACCAUGCUAAUAAACGUUCUAUUGGUUCUUCUAGUGAACCUCGUGAUAGCAACCUGUACUUCCUUAUCUGGCCAUUGUGCAAUUUAUGGUACAUGUGGCAAAAAAUCCAUGUUUGGAGCAUCAUUACCAUGUCCUGGACUAGUCAAGGCUUCUGCCCCUUCAGAAGAAUCUGCUAGAACCCUUCGUCUGAUCUGUGGUGCUGACUUCCCCGUAGAUAAAGUUUGCUGUUCACCAGAUCAAAUUGCUGCUCUUCAAUCGAAUUUGAAGAAAGUUGACCCACUUAUAAGUUCAUGUCCCGCAUGUAAACGGAACUUUUAUGACUUUUUCUGUCAAUUUUCAUGUUCUUCAGACCAGGCAACAUUUGUAAAUGUUACUAAAGUAGCCCUUGCUUCCGAUACAAAACAAGAAGUGGUCACUGAAUUAUCUCAAUACGUCAAUGCCACAUAUGCCGAGGAAUUCUUUAAUUCAUGUAAAAAUUUGAAGUUUUCAGCAACAAAUGGCUUUGCCAUGGAUCUUAUUGGAGGCGGAGCCACCAAUUAUCAACAAUUUUUGAAGUUUCUUGGUGAUGAAAAGCCUCUUUUAGGAGGAUCUCCUUUCCAAAUCAAUUUCGAGUAUAAUGGCGGAGACAAGGCUGGUCCUUUCAAGUUGAGAACUGGGGAAAUGAAACGUUGUGAUGACGAAGAGUAUAAAUGUGCUUGUUCUGAUUGCCUUGAAUCAUGUCCAAACUUGCCAGAAUUCAAAGAUUUUAAUGCAACUUGUAAAAUUGGGCCCUUACCAUGUUUUAGCUUUGCUGUGGUAUCAAUUGGUCUCACAUUGAUUGUAGUUGGAAUUCUUUUCCAUUUAAAGAAAUGGAAAGGUCAUCAAAAGGGAAACCAAACACCAGGUGGAAUAAUCUCUGAACAACAUCUGCUGCCCAUCUUGGAAGAGGUGACUCCAGAUGAUGAGGAAACAGAUACAAUAGUGCCAAUUCACCCACUGCCAUUUGAUUCCUUUUUCGCCUAUACUUCAUUCCAAUUUGCUUCAAACCCAUGGAAAACAAUCAUCUCUUCACUUGUGAUUACACUUCUUCUUUCUUCCGGUUUAGGAACUCUUAAACUUGAAACUGACCCGGUCAAUCUUUGGGUAAGUCCAAAUGAACCGGCCUUUUUAGAAAAGCAAUACUUUGAGGAGAAAUUUGGAGAGUUUUAUAGAAUAGAACAGUUGAUCAUUAGUAGUAAUGAUUCGUCACCCGUUCUUUCUUGGGAUACCAUUCAAUGGUGGUUUGCUAAAGAACAAGAACUUACUACAUUAAACAAUAGUCUUCUUUCUUCGAUUUGCUUCAAACCUUUGGGAGAAACCUGUGCAAUUGAAUCAUUUACUCAAUAUUUCCAAGGUGAUAUCAAUUAUCUUACUCCACUGAAUUGGAAACAACAAAUCAGUGGCUGUACAUCUUCUCCAGUCAAUUGUUUACCUUCAUUCCAACAACCUUUGAAAAGCAAUUUACUUUUCGACAAUGAAAACAUUCUCGAAGCACAGGCUUUUGUCGUAACCCUUUUAAUCAACAAUAAUCUGACUGAUGUUUUAUCAACAAAAUUGGCUACAGAUUUUGAACUGUCAUUGAUUGACUGGAUAGAAAAUUCACUUAAGAAGGAAGCUGCAAAGUUGGGUCUACAUGUCUCUUACAGUACAGAAAGUUCUCUUACCACUGAGUUAAAUCAAUCAACCAACACAGAUAUUAAAAUUGUCAUUAUUUCUUAUUUGACAAUGUUUUUAUAUGCCUCUUUGGCUUUGGGUGGUAGAAUCCCUCAAUUUGGUAAGGGACUUAAAUCCUUGGUAACCACUCGAUUUCAACUUGGACUUGGUGGUAUUGCCAUCAUCCUACUCUCUGUAAGUUCAUCAGCUGGGGCUUUUGCAUUCAUCGGCUUGAAAUCAACUUUGAUUAUUGCUGAGGUUAUCCCUUUCCUUGUUUUGGCAGUAGGUAUCGAUAAUAUCUUUUUGAUUGUACAUGAGUUACAAUUGGUGAGUACCUUGACCCCCAACGACUCAGUGGAAAUGAGAAUAUCUACCGCUUUACGUAACAUUGGACCUUCAUGUUUAAUCAGUGCCCUUUUACAAUUAUCAAUGUUCCUCAUUGCUACAUGGGUGGAAAUGCCCGCGGUCAAAAACUUUGCCUACUAUUCAGCUGGUGCUAUCUUGUGUAACUUCUUGUUACAAAUGAGUGCAUUUAUUGGAUUAUUAGCAUUAGAUCAAAAACGUAUGGAGGAAGGUAGAUUGGAUUUAUUCCCCUGGGUGUCUGUGCUGGUUGAAUUGGAAGAUCAAGAAGAACAACAAGAAGUGCAACCGGCAUUUAUUCGUAAACUCUCAUCUAUGGUAUCGAAUUAUCCAACUACCAUUCUCACUCCAAAGAUUAAAAGAAAACUUAUAAGUUUAUUUGUUGUUUGGUUUGCUGUAUCAUUGAGUCUUCUCCCCAAAAUUGAAUACGGAUUAGACCAACGUAUUGCCCUCCCAGCAGAUUCAUAUUUGGUAGAUUACUUCAAUUCAGUUUACAAAUAUUUAAAUGUUGGUCCUCCAAUCUUUUUUGUGACUAAGGAUUUGGAUGUGACUGAAAGAUCAGGCCAACAUAAACUUUGUGGGAAGUUUUCUACAUGUAAUGAAUUUUCCGUGGCCAAUAUUUUGGAACAAGAGUUCAAACGUGGGAAUAAAUCUACCAUUGCUGAUCCAACUUCUAGUUGGUUAGAUGAUUUCUUAACUUGGUUGAAUCCUGAUCUUGACCAAUGUUGUAGAUUAAAGAAGAGUACCCUAGACAAAAAAUCCCCAGAAUUCUGUGGGGCCUAUACACCCGAAAGACAAUGUCAAAGUUGCUUUGCCGAUCAUAGUCCGCCAUACGAUAUUUCCAUGGAUGGCUUCCCUGAGGGAAAGGAUUUUAUGUUUUACUUUGACCAAUGGAUAGAGGAACCCAGUGACCCUUGUCCAUUGGGAGGUAAGGCGCCAUACUCCAACAGUAUUUCUACACAUGCCAAUGGCUCCAUUGAAGCCAGUUACUUUAGAACUAGUCAUGUCCCAUUGAGAUCACAAAAUGAUUUCAUUGUAGCAUACAAGAAUUCCCGGAGAAUAAUCGAUGAGAUAAAGCAAUAUGAACCAGAUUUAGAUAUUUUCUCCUAUUCUCCAUUCUAUGUGUUCUUUGUACAAUAUCAAACUAUCCUUACCCAGACACUUGGAUUAUUAACAGCCGCUGGAACUAUUAUACUAGUGGUGUCUACAAUUUUACUUGGAACCUGGAAAGUUGCCACGGCUGUGACUGCCACCGUUGCCAUGAUUGUUGUGAACAUCUGUGGAGUAAUGUCAAUUUGGUCGAUCUCGCUUAAUGCUGUAUCUCUUGUCAAUCUCGUCAUAUGUGUUGGACUUGCCGUCGAAUUCACCAUUCAUAUUGCUCGUGCAUUCACAAGGGCAGAGGGGAAAACCUCAUCAGACCGUGCCCUUGUGGCCUUACAAACAGCCGGAGGAUCGGUUUUCGGAGGUAUCACCAUCACGAAAUUGAUUGGGGUCAGUGUUCUUGCGUUCACUAGAAGUAAGAUAUUCGAAGUGUAUUACUUUAGAAUGUGGAUUUCUCUUGUUUUCAUUGCAGGAGUACAUGGGUUAUGCUUCUUACCAAUCUUACUUAGUUAUCUUUAA